CUGUCAGUCCGAACUGAAGUCGUCAGUGCUGUUUUAGCUCCCGGAUUGUAAGCUGUGAAAAUGGCCGGGUGUUUGUCAACCUGGGUCCCGCUGGCCACCGUGGUCGCCGUCACCGUGCUGCUGCUGGGACCGGCCGUCAACGGAAAUACGCACCUGGUGCACCGGAGGUUCGAGUACAAGUAUUCCUUCAAGCCGCCCUAUCUGGCGCAGAAAGACGGAACGGUGCCCUUCUGGGAGUACGGUGGAAACGCCAUCGCCAGCUCGGAAAACGUCCGCAUCGCCCCGUCCCUGCGCAGCCAAAAGGGUGCCAUCUGGACCAAGUCCAAGACGAACUUUGACUGGUGGGAGGUGGACGUGGUGUUCCGCGUGUCCGGUCGGGGCCGCAUCGGUGCCGACGGGUUGGCCUUCUGGUACACGGCGGAAAAGGGCGACUACCAGGGGGAUGUGUUCGGGUCGUCGGACCGCUGGGUCGGGCUGGGCAUCUUCUUCGACUCGUUCGACAACGACAACAAGCACAACAAUCCGUACAUUUCGGCCGUGCUGAACGAUGGCAACAAGCGAUUCGAUCAUCAGAAUGAUGGUUCCACGCAGUUGCUUUCCGGAUGUUUGCGCGACUUCCGUAACAAGCCGUUCCCGACGCGGGCCAAGAUCGAGUACUACAACAACAUCCUGACGGUGCUGUUCCACAACGGAAUGACCAACAACGAUCAGGACUACGAGAUGUGCUUCCGGGCGGAGAAUGUGGUGCUGCCGAAGAACGGUCACUUUGGGCUGUCCGCCGCGACCGGAGGGCUUGCCGACGAUCACGAUGUGUUCCACUUCCUGACGACUUCGCUGCACAUUCCGGGUCAGGUCACGGAGGAGGUUCCGGCCGACCAGGAUCAGGCCAAGUUGACGCAGGAGUUCCAGGACUACCAGAAGAAGCUGGAGCAGCAGAAGGAGGACUACCGUAAGGAACAUCCGGAUGAGCAGCCGAAGGAGGAUCUGGAGAACUGGUUCGAGGAUUACAACGCUCGCGAGCUGCGUCAGAUUUGGGAGGCUCAAACGGCCACGCACGACCAGCUGCGAACGCUGAGCAGCAAGCUGGACGAAGUGAUUGGUCGCCAGGAGCGUACGCUUGGGUUGCUCUCGGUCUCCGCCCAGGGAGGUCCACCGCCGCAAAUCCAGCAGCCUCACAUCCCCCAGGGAGGAGGCGCUCCUGCUCAGGGUGCCAUCCAGCGUCACGAGGUGGACGCUCUGCUGCAGAACCAGAACGUGCUGGCGCAAACCGUGCGCGAAAUCCGGUCCAUCAUCGGCGAGGUGCACGCCCGGGCCGACUCCAUCCUCAAUAACCAGGCCCGCGCUCCGACGGCGCAGAUCCAGGGCGGUGCGUACGACAUGCAGAACUUGAUCAACGAAAUGCGCGACGGAAUGAACCAGGUGAAGCAGGGCGUGGCGGGCGUUCAGCAGAGAAUGCAACAGCCGCAAGCGCAAGCCAGCGUGCAGUGCCAGAGCUGCGUCGGAAUGACGGCCUUCCUGGUGACGAUCGUGAUGCACCUGCUGGUGAUAGUCGGGUACAACAUGUAUCGCGAUAGCAGAGACGCCCAGGCGAAGAAGUUCUACUAGAGGGUAAGUGCCACCCCCUGCAACUAUUUUAGUUAGGAGUGAUCGUCGUCGUCGUCUUCGUCGUAACAACUUGCUGUAAACGAGAGUAAAAUGCAUCAUCCAAGCAAAAAAGAUAUCUAGAGAGACUGGUCCAUCCAACCAACCAACCAACCAACCAACAAAGCAAAACAAAGGUAGAAACACACACACACACACAGAGUAGAGCGUCAGUAUGAAUAAUUAGGAUUUAGAGUAAAAACAAAAACAUGAAAUUAGAGAGAAGAGUAUGGUACUCGAAAAACAGAAAACAAAAAAAAAAACUGCGCAAAUUUAUUCCAAUUUCGCCAACAAUUGAAAAAUUUACAAUACCACGAUGGAUGUUAGUGAGUAAGAGAGAAAAAGCGCGCGAGAGCGAAAGAGCGAGCAUUUAUUACUUAACCCUUGCGGGCGUGAUGCGCAAAACUGCACGAGACGAUGCCACUAGAUAUCCCGAAAAACUCUUCAAGCUAAUCCACUUCUUUUUUUCUUCUUCCUGUUUUCGUUUUGCUAAGUAUCUGUAGAGUGAGAUUUAUUUUUUUCCCGUUUGAAGCUUUUGUUUUAGGGUUAUUUACCGUCUGACCACACUAUUUGAGGAGAACAAUUAUUGAGAGAUGCAAAACUGGAGAGAAAAAAAUGUAGUAAAAUUAGUUUUACUAUUAUUUGUGAGAAAACAGCUGCUCUGUUGUUUUACGUGUAGGUUUAUUUUUUGCUGAAUGAUUUGUCGGUGUAAAUGUGUAUUAUGUUUGUGUAAAUCUGGUUCACAAAACGAGCGAGAAUUAUUUAAAAAAUAAACAAAGUUUAUUAUAAAUUCGAAAA